AUGGAGUUGACCCCGUGCGAGAAGUUCUUGCUAUCCGAUUCGGACGACUCGGAUGUGGAGAGCAUGCUUGCGACCUUUCGGCAGCAAACAUUGGUCAUGGCGCUUGCCGUGAAGGAGCAUGAAGACGAGUACCGGAAGAGGAGGCGAGGAUCUAUUGUCGGGCGUCUGUGCAUUCCGCGGAAUCGCCAUCUUGGGAACGAGAUGUUGAUGCAAGAUUAUUUUUCGGAGAAUCCUACAUAUCCUGCACACCUCUUCCGCAGAAGGUACCGAAUGCGCCGUUCCCUUUUUGUGAAAAUUGUUGAAGUUUGCGAGGCAAAUUGCCGGUAUUUUACUCAAAGAAGGAAUGCCGCGGGCUUAAAGGGAUUUAGUGCAUAUCAAAAAAUCUCCGCAGCUAUGCGGGUGAUUGCAUAUGGCGUUCCUGCUGACUAUGCUGAUGAGUAUCUUCGCAUUGGUGAAGAUAGCACAAUUGAGUAUGUGCGUAGAUUUGCGAAAGUGAUCGUCCGUGUCUUUGGUCCCGAGUAUCUUCGGGCACCAAAUGAAGAUGACACAAAGAAUUUGAUGGCAGCUAAUGAGAGGAGAGGUUGGCCUGAUGAGAGAGGAAUGGACUUAGAAUUCUUUUACGACAAUGCGGGUAGCCGUGUCAAACCAGCUAGAGACCCAAACCGUAUUAGAGCUUUUCUUCAGACAUACAAGGAGAUUGAAAAUGCAGACACACUUUCAACUUCAGGAAGAUCUCAUUGA